AUGCACCAGCUCUUGCCACAAGGUAAGUACUACAUACGGCACAUCGACCAUACCAACUACACCAUAAGGGUUGCCGAUGUAGGGAUGAGAAAGGGCAAUUGUUCGUCUCUUCCUCGCCGCUCCUUGUGGUGCGGCAACUUCAGCUACCAUGAUCCGUAUAGUGCUUGUGACUACGAGUCGUCCAUGUUCUAUGGUCAAGAGCCAUCCAAAACUGUCUUGAUCGUGAAAUGCACGAAGGCGGUUGCUUCUCGGCUUUACAUUGAUGCUUCAUCGUGCCUUGAUGGGGUCAAAUUUUCGAAUUUUUCUAGAACAAGAAGGCGAAUAUAUGCCAUGGUCGAUGCGAAUGUCUCGAACGUGGAAACUGCAUGCACUAUAGAGCUUAUGGCAAUGAUACCUGGGUGGGUUGAUGGCAAUAAUCCUCGGUCCGAUGCCCAAAUUCACGAACAGAUGGUUUAUGGAUUUGAGCUUUCAUGGCUUCCAAUUGCGGGUAUGAUGUAUUGCAAACGUCAUUAUUAUUGGGAAAUCAGCAGCAAGCACCAAAUUCAGUGCGGACCCAAGAAAGGAAAAGUUAUCGUCAAUUACCUCUUCAUUAUCGGUUGGUCGUUGAUGGAGAUGAUUCCGCUCUAUGGCAUCGUGCCAUUCAUUGUUGUGAAAUUCAUCGUGGGAGCCCCAUGUGUGAUGCUGUUGCUAAUACGCAAAUGGAGGAGAAGGCACUUAGCAAUGGAUCAAAAUGUUGAAGAAUUUUUGCAGUCCAACAAUAACUUCUUGCCAAUAUGGUACUCUUACUCAGACAUCAAGAAAAUCACGGGCGGUCUCAAGGACAAGCUAGGCGAGGGAGGGUAUGGUUCCGUUUUCAAAGGAAGACUCCGGAGCGGCCACGAGGUGGCUGUGAAGAUUCUGAAGAAGGGGAAUGCGAACAAGCAUGUUGACACCUAA